UAUUCGAGCCCGCGAGGAAUGCUUUUGUGUACAGUUCAGCGCGGGUCUCUAAGGCGAUCAGGAAACAACACGGCGCGAGGCCACGGCUCCCCAGGGACGCACCUGCUAUCACGCGCCCAUAUCUGCAUCCAGACCUGCGCCGUGUUUGCCUGCCAUAGGCUGAAGGCGAUAGCGUUGCUAGCGAACCGUCAUUAAUGUAUUUGAUGACUAGGUUAAACGCCAAUAUGUCGAUUGAUGCGCUCGUUUUAGAGCAUUAGCAGUACAUUUUAAAGUGUGCUACGCGUUCUUUUCGUUGUUGCUGUUUUUUUUUAAAUAGCAGGAAAGCUACUGAAGUGAGAAAGUUGGAAGUGCUCUCCUAGACGGGCAACACAGGUGUUCCGGACGACAUUUCAAAGCUUUUAUAUUUGGACUAGUGCAGUUUUUCUGCUCGAUUUCGGAUGGUUGUCUGUUUUAGUGCUGGAUAAUUCUGUUUUUAACUUGGACAAGUGCGCACCUGUCGCAGAAGGUAUGAAAGACACGGGGGAAUCUAAAGACCAUCAGCUUACAGUAGCGUUGCGAAUCCGCCCGCUGAGCGAGGCUGAGCGUGAGGAGGCUGCGACUAUCGUGGCUCAUCGAGUGGACGAGCAGAUGGUGGUUCUGAUGGACCCAGGUGAAGAUCCUGAUGAUAUCUUGCGGGCUCACCGAUCAAGGGAAAAGACCUACAUGUUUGAUGUGGCAUUUGAUUGCUCUGCUAGCCAGGAGGAGGUAUAUCGCGGCACCACUAAAGGUCUGAUUGAGGGGCUGAUCUCAGGAUACAAUGCCACUGUGUUCGCUUACGGGCCGACAGGUUGUGGAAAGACCUACACGAUGCUGGGUACUGACAGGGAUCCUGGGAUCUACGUGCGGACGUUGAAUGACCUGUUUCGUGCCAUCGAGGAGACCAGCGAUGACAUGCAGUACAGCGUGUCCAUGUCCUACCUGGAGAUCUAUAAUGAGAUGAUUCGUGAUCUGCUGAACCCUGCCUCUGGGUUCCUUGACCUGCGGGAGGACUUCAAGGGCGAGAUCCAGGUGGCUGGAAUCACUGAGGUGUCCACCAUCAACGCCCGAGAGAUCAUGGAGCUGCUGAUGAAGGGGAAUAAGCAGCGCACGCAGGAGCCCACAGCAGCCAAUCAGACUUCUUCGCGCUCGCAUGCGGUGCUGCAGGUGGCCGUGCGGCAGCAGAGUCGCUGCAGAGACGUGCUGCAGGAGGUCCGCUUCGCCCGCCUCUUCAUGAUCGACCUGGCCGGGUCUGAGCGUGCCUCACAGACACAGAACAGGGGUCAGAGGUUAAAGGAAGGGGCGCACAUUAAUCGCAGUCUCCUGGCUCUAGGGAACUGCAUAAACGCCCUGAGUGAGAAGAAUGGGAACAAAUAUGUCAACUACAGAGACAGCAAGCUGACACGCCUGCUCAAGGACUCUUUGGGCGGGAACAGCCGUACAGUGAUGAUCGCACACAUUAGCCCCGCCUCUUUGGCGUUUGAGGAGUCACGGAACACGCUGACCUACGCUGACCGUGCCAAGAGUAUCCGCACACGGGUGAAGAAGAACCUGUUGAAUGUGUCGUACCACAUCGCUCAGUACACCAGCAUCAUCGCUGACUUGCGCAGUGAGAUUCAACGGCUCAAAAACAAGAUUUCUGAGCAGGCUGACCGGCAGACCAGCAGCAGCACUGAGCACGCUGACAUUCGCCAUGUACAGGCCCAGGUGCAGGCACACACAUCGCUCCAGAGCCGUGAGGAGAUGGACCAGCUCAGGGAGCAGCUGAUCCAAGCCUUCCGUCAGCAGAUGGAGAUCCGCAAAACUCUGGUGGAGCUGGAGAACUGCAGCAUGGAGAUCCAGAGCGACACAUCCAAACACCUACUCACCAUCACAGACUGGGAGCAGGAGCAGAGCCGCAGGGCCUGUAAGUGGCAGGCAGAGCGGCGCAAAGAAAGCGCCAAUAAGGACGAGAGCGAGGACUGCGAGUCGCCGGAAACGCCGCCCGACACCGCCGAGACAGAGGAGGUGACCCGCGCCCGCCACAGCCUGGUCACGCUCAUGGGAGAACAGAAGAGAAUCCAGAAAAAGAAGGUGGUGCUGGAGCGGCAGUUCAGGGAGCUGAGGGAGGGGGCACGGAGGCUGGAGGAGCUGCUGCCUCGCCGGGUGAGCUCAGACGAGCAGCGGGAGGUGCUGGGGCUGCUCUGCAAGGUGCACGAGCUGGAGAUCGAGAACGCAGAGAUGCAGUCCCACACCCUGCUCAAGGACAACCUCAUCCGCCAGAAGAACUAUGUGGUGCAGAGAUUUGAGCAGCACAGGCACCUGUGUGAUGAGAUCAUUCAGCAGCAGAGGCAGUUCAUCAAUGACCACAAGUUGCUGGUGCCACAGAGGCUGCAGCAGCUCUAUGAGAUGUACUGCAGGGAGCCCGAUUACAGAAGCAUUGACAGAGCUGUGGCCCUGGACAAGGUCUCCAUCUGCACCCUCAGAGAUUUGGAGUCUGACCAGGAGAGCGUGCGCACGCUGGGUUCUGAUCCCCAGGCUGGCCACAGCACGACCAGGAGACACACCCUGCCCCCCAUCCUGGCCCCGCCCGAGGGCGAUAGUAACCGGGUGUUUAAGAACAGUCCCCACCCCCGGCGGCUCAGACACACAGCAGUCAUGACCCCACCCCCUAUCCGCAUCAAUGGCCUAGGCAGCCAAGAGGGGAGCAGUCUCAGGUAUAGCCACCUGAGCCACAGUGUGAGCAGCCACCUGGACUCUUCCCCAGAGAGCAGCAGUGAAACUGGAGCCGACGCCCUGCUUACAUGCCGAGAGCGGCAGCAGAUUCUGAGGGGAGUGAAGAACAUUGCGGUAAAAGCAGCUCGCCGGCGGUCCAGGGCCCGGGGGGCCGACACUUUGCAGCUGGCCCCGCCCCUGUCCCCGCCCACCUCACCACUCCCUCCUAGCAAGCAGAAGAGCAGCCUGUCCCUCAGCGAGUCCACGCCCUCCAGAGGCCCCGCCCAGCACCCUGCCCCUCCCCGCGCCGGCCUGCCCAGCCCUCGGCUGCACCAUGCAGCCUCUGAUGACAACCUGUCCAGCAGCACUGCUGAUGGCCCCGCCCUGCAGGGCACCUGGACACGCCCCCGACUCCGCCUGCCCGUGCCCAGCUUGGGCAGGGACGUCCCCGGGGGUGCGCUGAAGGAGCAGGACUUCCAGGCUCGCCGCCGCAAACGCAGGUCCCGCUCUUUCGAGGUUACAGGGCAAGCGGUCAUGGCUCAAGGUUUGGGUCCCCUUGACAGCAGUUCUGACCCCCACCUGCACAUCAGCGUCCAGCCAACUGUCCCUACGCUCCGCCCCCAGCUUCGCCCUCAGCCCCGCCCACAGCCCAGAGCCUUCCCCCCACUCACCAGAGCAAAACCUCCCCUCAACACAAACCCUACAGGUCCGCCCAUCAUGGCCUCAGGCACUUCACCUGGCCCGCUUGGCCACCAGGGCAGCCACAAACGCAAAGCUCACCUACGCCUCCCCCAGCCUCUGCUGCACAUUAGCAACGUCCCCACUGGGGUACCGCGAACACGCAAACACUGAGGGGCUCACACACACAGGUACCACAAACACGCAAACAGUGAGGGGCUCACACACACAGGCACCACAAACACGCAAACACUGAGGGGCUCACACACACAGGCACCACAAACACGCAAACAGUGAGGGGUUCACACACACAGGCACCACAAACACUGAGGGGCUCCCACACACAGGUACCACAAACAUGCAAACAGUGAGGGGCUCACACACACAGGCACCACAAACACUGAGGGGCUCCCACACACAGGUACCACAAACACACAAACAGUGAGGGGUUCACACACACAGGCACCACAAACACUGAGGGGCUCCCACACACAGGUACCACAAACAUGCAAACAGUGAGGGGUUCACACACACAGGCACCACAAACACUGAGGGGCUCCCACACACAGGUACCACAAACACGCAAACAGUGAGGGGUUCACACACACAGGCACCACAAACACUGAGGGGCUCCCACACACAGGUACCACAAACACGCAAACACCGAGGGGCUCACACACACAAGUACCACAAACAUGCAAACACUGAGGGGCUCACACACACAGGUACCACAAACACGCAAACAGUGAGGGGCUCCCACACACAGGCACCACAAACACGCAAACACUGAGGGGCUCCUACACACAGGUACCACAAACACGCAAACAGUGAGGGGCUCCCACACACAGGUACCACAAACACGCAAACACUGAGGGGCUCACACACACAGGUACCACAAACACGCAAACACUGAGGGGCUCACACACACAGGUACCACAAACACUGAGGGGCUCCCACACACAGGUACCACAAACACACAAACACUGAGGGGCUCACACACACAGGUACCGCAUUCCGGUACAUAUCCACAAUCCACACAUACUGGUACCAGUAUUCCCUCUGUUAUUAAGACCAGUUUAGCCACUGCUACUGUCUCUGCCUCUUAAAACAUGCUCAGCCCCAUCUUAAGAAGUCCACCAGAACACUCCAGACUCCAGAACACUUUGCAACUUUCAUCCUAUUUCUGAACUGCUUUUCCUUUACAAAAUACUGGACAAUGUAGUCUUCUCCCAAUUGAUGUCAUUUCUAAACCACAAUGACAUUCUGGAAUUGUUCCAGUCUGGUUUCAGAGCCCUCCAUAGCACAGAGUCUGUCCUCCUGAAGGUGACAAAUGACCUGAUACUUGCAGUCGAUGCUGGAAACUGUGCCAUUUUAAUCCUAUUCAAUCUAAGUGCCGCCUUCGACACUGUUGACAAUGAAAUACUCAUUGUGUGUAUGAUCGGUUUUCAGGGUACAGCAAAAAUUGGUUUAUUUCCUACCGUAGGCACAGGAAUUUCAGUGAACAUCAGUAAUCACUUCUCUUCCACUGCAUCCAUCACCUAUGGGGUCCCUCAAGGGUCCAUAUUAGAGCCUAUUCUCUUUUCUAUACAUAUAUGCUCCCUCUGGGACAUAUCAAUUGUAAAGCGCUUUGGAUAAAAGCGCUAUAUAAAUGCAGUCCAUUUUACCAUUUAUAUCAUUCACAAGCACAAUCUCUUUUCAUUGCUAUGCGGCCAAUACCCAACUCUACCUCCCCUUGAAACCCAGUGACGUGUGCUCCUUGCAUAGCCUAAAUGAUGGAGAUUAAGAGCUGGAUGGCCAACAACUUAAAUGACUCUGAAGCUGAAGUCAUUUUAUUUGGCCCACCUAAAUCCCUUGCCAGUCUCUAUGAAAAUCUUGGUUGUCUCUCUCCGCUAGUUAAAUAGCAUGCUAGAAAUUUGGCAGUUAUCUUUGAUUCCCUGUUGUUAAAGGGAGCUUCUUCCAGCUUAGAGCAAUCUGCAAAAUCAAAUAUUUUCUCUCCUUCCAUGAUUUAGAGAAAGUCAUGCAUGCUUUCAUCUCUUCUUGGCUAGAUUAUUGUUACUCUCUCGACACUGGUAUCAAUCAGCCACUUUUGUCAUGUUUACGGCUAGUGCAAAAUGCCACCGCUAGAUUACUUACUGGCACUAAGAAGUGGGACCACAUCACUCCUCUUAGCGUCCUUGCAUUGGCUUACAGUUUUAGAAUUCAUUUCAAGGUUUUACUUCUUGUUUUUGAAGCUCUUAGUAGGCUGGCUCACUCUCAUAUCACUGACCUACUCUGCCCUUAUAUCACUCCUAAGUCUCUACGGUCCUUCACCUAGGUGCUUGUGGCAGUUCCAUGGUCCCAGCUAAGACUCAAGAGUGACCGUGCCUUUGCAGUCUUUGGUAAAUGGUAAAUGGACUGCAUUUAUAUAGCGCUUUUAUCCAAAGCGCUUUACAAUUGAUGCCUCUCAUUCGCCAGAGCAGUUAGGGGUUAGGGGUUAGGUGUCUUGCUCAAGGACACUUCGACAUGCCCGGGGCGGCAACCCUCCGACUGCCAGACAAUCGGUCUUACCUCCUGAGCUAUGUCGCCCCUUUGCUUCAAGACUGUGGAACAGCCUACCACUCAGCAUUAGGUCUGCCCCGUCCAUCUCUGUUUUUAAAUCCACACUCAAAACACAUCUCUAUGCCAGAGCAUUUCCCCAUGUUUUUAUGCAAAGAUUUUCCUUUUCUGUCCUGUGUGUGUUCACCUUUGUAUAUUAGGGUAUUUAUUUUGUACUGCACUUUGGUUCAACAGUUCGUGUUUUAAAUUUUCUUUAAAACAGCAGCUAGGGGUGCAGCGAUUGACUGGCUGUGGAUUGGAACUGGCCCGUUUUGCUCCGUAACAUGCGGUCAGUGAUCGGCAGGUUUAAUUUUUAGUUUUGCCGAUCUGUAUUCCGAUGUAAGGAAAUGUGAGCGGAGCAGAGUCCAUGCGCAAGCUGCAUUGUAAUUCUGCUGCUACAUCUUUCCCAAAAUCUCAGCGGUCUAAUAAUUAUGUGAAGCAGAUAUUAAAGGUCUGUUUUUUUAAACCUAUGUCAUAUUUUUGUACUAGACCAUAAGCUACACUAUUCUGUGCGCACACAAAUUAAACUUUGCUAUUUGUCUGUCUAUUCUGGUUCAAAUAAGUAUAGUCGGUCAUCAAAGUCAAAAGGCUGGACAGCAUCCUCAUAAUAGUCUGAUGAAUAAUUAGUUAGUGCAUCAUGUUCAGGAUUUGGAUUUUCAGCAUUAUCUUAUAAAGGUAAUCCACAUUUAAGGUAAAACAUGUUGACACUACUUGCAACUUUUGAGGAGCUUAUUAGAGAAAUCAGCUCUUCCCCUGUGACUGCAGCAGAUGUCAUUCUGUCCAUCGUUGCACUAAAACGUAUCCUAAGAUAAAGCCUGUCGCAUAUCAUGGUGUGAAGCACCAUGAAAGCAGUUGAGAAAAUAUUCAGCCACACUGAAUCAGAGCUCCUUUACUGUGUGGCUACGACAACAAUAUAACAACAAUGCUGUUAAUAAUAAUAAUAAUAAUAAUAAAAAUAAUUAAAGUAUCUGAAUGUAUUGGUAAACUAUUAAGCAAAUAAACAAUCUUAUGUGUACUUUGUUACCUGUUGCUUAAAAAUAAAUAAGUAAAUAAACAAAAAAAAACAUAAAAAACUGAAAUGGAAUCGGCUGAUGUGGCUUUAAGAAAUUGGCAGCUGCACCCAGCACUUACCUGUACAUGACCCAACCUAUCCGCCCCGGCCUCACACCCAGCACUUACCUGUACAUGACCCCACCUGUCCGCCCUAGCCCUACCUACACCCAGCACUUACCUGUACAUGACCCCACCUAUCCGCCUCGGCCAUACCUACAACCAGCCCUUACCUGUACAUGACCCCACCUAUCCGCCCCGGCCGUACCUACACCCAGCACUUACCUGUACAUGACCCCACCUAUCCGCCCCGGCCUCACACCCAGCACUUACCUGUACAUGACCCCACCUGUCCGCCCUAGCCCUGCCUACACCCAGCCCUUACCUGUACAUGACCCCACCUAUCCGCCCCGGCCGUACCUACACCCAGCCCUUACCUGUACAUGACCCCACCUAUCCGCCCCGGCCGUACCUACACCCAGCCCUUACCUGUACAUGACCCCACCUAUCCGCCCCGGCCGUACCUACACCCAGCCCUUACCUGUACAUGACCCCACCAAUCCGCCCCAGCCUUACCUGAAUCCAGCGUACCUCUGACAACACUUCUGCCACUUUCUGUACUUCAUUUACCAGAUCAAAGAAGUUGGUCAAGCUCCGCCCCUUCAGAACACACAGCCCGCAGGCUUUCCUGUGACAGCACAUGUUUCCAUGACAACAGUACUGACCAGGUCUUAACUAACCCUGUCAGUGGCCCACAUAGACGCCAGUACUGAUGUUUAAAAGGAUUGAGCAGCGUAAGCUCUAGUGAGCCUCCUUAAUUAAUCAUCAGCUUCAGUGCUAUCAAAGCAGGACUGGCAAACUCUACAGUGUGCUGUGUAGAAUAGCUAUGUAGAAUAGCACAAUAUCCAAAUAUUUUUAAGGGUUUUUUUCCUUGAUGACGAUGAGGAUGGAGGUGAUGAUGAAGAAGAAGCCUGAAUAGUUUUGCUGUUGCCAUGCUUCCUCCUCCCCUGCGUUUUGAGAGGUGAUGUUGGUGAACACCGGUCGCUGCCUUUUCUUGUUCUGAAAUGUUUAAAGUCUGGGAAAAGUUUUGUAAAGCUAUUUACACAUGUUUUUUCUAAGCUUUUGUUGUACAUUUUUUAAUUGAUUUGUUUUUUGUAACUAAAUAAAUUCAUUUGAAAGCAGAAA